CAAGCACAGGAACGGACGCCUAACCCGAACAAAGGACUCCAGACCAACCCACACCAGUGCACCCUUCUCUGGACUGUAUUUGACUUUAGAAAAGACUGAAUCAUGUGUUCUGGAAAUUUCGCCAAAUGUCUGGGGAUCACCCUCCUCCCACUGGCCAUCAUCUGCAUCCUCUGCAACAUUCUACUGUUUUUCCCUGGCGGUAAUGUAGCUGAUCAGAGUAGCGACAUCACGAACGAAGUCUUUUACUUCGGAGGAAUUCUGGGAUCCGGUGUGCUGAUGAUUUUCCCCGCGCUAGUUUUUCUGGGCUUGAAGAACAACGACUGCUGUGGCUGCUGUGGAAAUGAGAGCUGCGGGAAACGUUUUGCGAUGUUCAGCUCAAUCCUGUUCGCUGCAGUCGGGGCUGCGGGCGCCACUUACUCCGUUAUCGUGUCUUGUGUGGCCAUUAAUCACGGGCCCAAGUGCUUCAUCAGCUAUUUCAACGGGACUGUCCAACAAAUUGCCACUUACCCAUUUGAAGACGGAAACUACCUGUCCAACAGAACGCUGUGGGAUCUGUGCGAGGGUCCGGGCGAUAUUGUCACAUGGCAUCUGACCCUGUUCUCGAUGCUGCUGAUUGCUGGUUUGGUUCAGAUCGGUCUGUGCGCCUUCCAGGUGAUCAAUGGGCUCAUCGGAACAAUCUGUGGAGACGGCUGCUGUGGGAGCUCCUAAACCAUUCAGAAUGGACUUGGAUCAAUGAUUCUUCAGGACUAAUCAAUCGUACAUCCAUAUCUGUAAUACUCAAAACUUUCACCUCCUGAUUUGUAUAUAUACUGCUCAGAUGGAUGUUGUUUUCUUCUGAGUUUGCUGUAUCUGCCUGAUGGCUGAUGGCUUAUGAAGGCAACAUAUAUAUUAUGUUUCAUAUCGAUUUAUAUGAUAUAGGAUAUUGAUAUGUAGUAUAUUAAUACAUAUAAGAAUAUUGAAUAUUUAUUCAAACUGUAGUAGAAUGUUAUUUUCGUAGCAUUUUCAAGUAUUUUUAUAGUAUAUUUUCAAGUGUUUGGUCUUUUUUUCAUGAUGGAUAAAGGGAAUGUAGAAUAUUUGAGACCGUUUUUAUCAUUUUAUCUCAGGAAACUGAAUGUUAUAUUAGUAAAAAGAUAUUUGACGCUUAAUAAAUUCUUGAUUAGAAAAACA